AUGGUCAGCCACAACAACGCAGUGCCACAAUCAAAGUGGAAGAAACAAUGGACUAACAGAACCAAGUUGUUCUUCGAUCAGCCAGCCAAGGCCAAGAAGAGACAAGAAUUGAGAAUCAAGAAGGCUAAGAAUGUUUUCCCACGCCCAACUGAAUUGUUACGUCCUGUUGUUAGACUUUCCGGAAGAAGAUAUAACAGAAGAGUUGUUUUGGGAAGAGGUUUCUCCGUCGAGGAAUUGAAGCAAGCUGGUAUUCCUCUCCAAUUCGCCAAGACCGUUGGUAUUGCUAUUGAUACCAGAAGAAGAGAUUUGAGUGAAGAGAGACUCCAAGCUAACGUUCAAAGACUUCAAGAAUACAAGCAAAGAAUUGUUUUGUUCCCAAGACAAAAGGGUACUCUCAAGAAGGGACCAAUUGCUGACAGUGAAACCACUAAGGUUGAAUCCCAAGUCAAGGGUACUGUUUUGCCAAUCAAGAAGGAAGUCGCUGCAGUUGAAACCAGAGAAAUUACAAAGCAAGAAAAGGAGUCUAGCGCUGUUAGAGCUAUUGUCAAGGCUAGAAAGUCAAUUAAGCAAUACAGCUAUCUCCAAAAGAAGAAGAACAAGGUUACCACUCAAGCUCCACAAGGCACUGUUACCACUGAUGAACAAUAA